UUGACACAAGAUUGUAUUUCUUUGGGGGACUGGCUAAAGAUCCGGAUGGUACAGAAAGUUGUCAGAACAGCGUUUUCUAUCUUGACAUCUCAAAUUCUUUUAGCACCAACAACGUAACUUGGAUUGAUCUCACAACAACGGCCAACAUACCAGAGAGAAUUUGUUGGCAGGUCAACGGUGGUGGAGUUAAUAGCUCCAUCGUCUAUUUAUUUGGAGGAAUAACCCAGGAUAAUUUGACCAAAAAAGUGAUUUCAGACACCUUGGUAUUCGCAUUCGACACUAAAACUCAAAAAUGGACAGAACCUUCAAUCACUGGAACUCCUCCAAAUAGAAGGAGAGAACUUUCAGUGGCUCAGGAUAAUUCAGGAAGAAUGUUCAUCUUUGGCGGGUUAACUGACCCCUUGACAGGUUCACAAUCCACAACUUUUUUCAAUGACAUGAACAUUUUAGAUGUUUCAAAUUUAUCUUGGUUAUUUGUCGUGACUUCCGGUGUUGAUAUUCCCCUUCCCCAAGCCGAUUUCACUGCUACUAUAUUGCCGGAUGGUACCAUCUUGUAUAUCGGCGGAAAGCAGACCUAUUCUGCUUCUGGAACAAAUGUUACCUACAAACAGAUGGAUCAGAUUUGGACUUAUGACACAAAAGAAGGUUAUUGGAAGUUGAUCAUCGCCGGUGGAACGGUUCCCGGAGUUCGUGCAGGUCACAGUGCGGUACUCGCAUCGGAUGGACAUAUCAUUGUCUAUGGCGGUAUAGGCGACGACCUACUUACACCGGCAAGUCCGGAUCUAGCAAUCCUCGACACUUCAACUUCGUCAUUCCAAUGGUCAACUCCGAAGGUCUCGGGUGCCCCACCCCCUGUACUUUCAUACCAUUCUGCAACAUUAAUAAAAAAUUUAAUGAUAGUUGCUUUCGCAUCGUCCGAAAUUUAUAUCCUCGAUAUCACCGGUUAUACUUGGACAACCGUAUUUAAACCUCCAACUUCCUUGGUUGACACCAAUGCGAAUAUCUAUGUCGCCCAGUCCAGUAGUCUGUCUACUGCCACAAGUUCCGACAGCACCCAAUCUAGUAGUCUACCCACUGAAACACCUACGAACGGCCAAUUCAUAUCUAUAAACCUCGCGUUGAUACUGGGCGCCAUUAUCGGCGGAGUUGUCAGUAUUUUAAUAUUAAGUACGAUAUUAUUCUUGCUGUUUCGACAUUGGAGAAGGUAUAGAAAACUUUAUGGAAGCAAUUUACCCUUUUCGGAUCCAAUAACUCCCCCUCCGGAAUUUCAAACACCUGAUUUACGUCAGGGUUUGGGAUUUGAGCUUACACCAAGAUAA